ACCUAUUUCCCAAGUUAAGAACACAUAGUUCAGUUGCAACCUCUGUUUUUCUCACCAAGAAAACAAAAGGCUCUCAAACCCCCACAAGAUUCAAAACCCAGAUAGAUAUUUUCAACGAUGGAGUGGGUUCGAGGAGACCCAGUCGGCCAUGGCAGUUUCGCUACAGUCAAUUUGGCUCUACCAAAAGAUGGUUGCUCUCAAGAUUCUCCUGUAAUGGUUGUGAAAUCUUGCGAGUCUUUCAAUUGCUCGACGCUCGAGAACGAGAAACAAGUGCUCGAUCAACUCGCGAAGUGCCCACAAAUCAUUCAGUGUCUCGGCGACAACCACAGCUUCGAGAACGGCACGGAGUAUUACAACUUGUUGUUGGAAUAUGCUUCUAAUGGCACUUUAUCUGAUCAACUCAAGAACCGUGGCGGCCCGUUGCCGGAGUUCGAUGUUCAACGCUACGCCAAGUCGGUGCUCAAAGGGCUUCGUGAUGUUCACGCUAAAGGGUUUGUUCACUGUGACUUGAAGCUUCAGAAUAUCCUCGUGUUCGACAAUGGGAAAAUCAAAAUCGCCGACUUUGGACUUGCGAAAAAAGCAGAGCAAAAACAGAGUAACGAAGUAAAAAGAGCAGAGCUUAGAGGAACUCCUUUGUACAUGUCGCCGGAAUCAGUUAAUCACAAUGAGUACGAAUCGCCGGCGGAUAUUUGGGCUUUUGGGUGUGCGGUGUUGGAGUUGAUGACUGCUAAACCGGCAUGGAAUUGUGAACCCCAUGUGAAUAUUUGGAAGCUUUUGCUUCGAAUUGGGGAGGGUGAUGAAGUGCCACAAGUCCCUAAAGAAUUGUCUGAUGACUGUCAAGAUUUUCUCGGCAAGUGUUUUGUUAAGGAUCCAAGAGAAAGAUGGACGGCCGAGAUGCUUUUGAAACAUUCUUUUGUGGCUGAUAUUUCUGAUAAUGAUCAUGAUCAUGACACUGUUCCAUUGGAUGAAUCACCAAGAAGUCCUUUCAAUUUCCCAGAUUGGGUUUCCUUACAAUCUUUGGAUUCACCGGAAUUGUCACCGGAUUCCGGUAAUUUCUUUGAAUGGGAAUUGAAUUCGAGGCAUGGUUCGUCGGCUUAUUCGCCGUUAUGUUCUCCGGCAGAUCGGUUGCGGCAGUUGGUGACCAAUGAGGAACCUGAUUGGCCUUUUUCGGAGAGUUGGGUGACAGUGAGGUGACCGGAAUUGGGCAAUUUUUAGCAGAGUAGGAGAAGAGCUAGAACAGAGGAAAAAUACUAAUUUCAAAGAUUUUCAAUUUUCAUUACAUCUGACGGUUCUGAUUUAAUCUUGUUGAUUCUGAUAUUUUGAUUGUAAAUACUUGGAGUACAUAGAAAGAAUUAUUGAACAGUUUUGAUUGGCAAAGCCACCCUCAAGGUGGCUGACUCUGUAUAUAAGAAAUUAUAUUUUAGUGAAUUAAAGUUCGUCAAUUUCUUUUGCAA